ACUUGCCUCAUUGGAUAAGAAUCUGUGUUUGGAGAAGGACAACAGUAAAGAUGUCCGCUCCUGUAGUACGUGCUACAGUGAGAGCCGUAACUAAAAGAAAAUUAUUACCCACUAGAGCCGCGUUGACAUUGACACCGUCAGCUGUUAACAAAAUUAAGCAACUACUUCAGAACAAACCUGAAUAUAUUGGACUGAAAGUGGGUGUUCGUACCAGAGGAUGUAAUGGUCUUUCUUAUACUUUAGAGUACACAAAGGAAAAGGCACAGGCGGAUGAAGAAGUACUUCAAGAUGGUGUUAGAGUUCUCAUUGAAAAAAAGGCCCAGCUGACACUCUUGGGAACAGAAAUGGACUAUGUUGAAAACAAAUUAUCCAGCGAAUUUAUUUUUAAUAACCCAAAUAUCAAAGGGACCUGUGGUUGUGGAGAAAGCUUUAAUAUUUGAAUUUUGUUUCAUAGCUUAAGAUGUAAAGAAUUCUGCACAUCUCUACAUUAUUUUGUACAUUUCGAAAGUAUUUCUACUCUAACUAUAUGUGUCUUUUGGUACCUUUUUCCUGUGUAUCUGUGAAGUCUACAAGAAGUAACAAUAAAUGGAAUGAGCACUAAAUAGAACCUAUAAUGUGUACAUACAACUAUAAAUAUGCAGAAGUACUUACAGGCCCACAUAGUUAUUUAAUCUUGGAUUUAAGUUUAAGGCAGUGUAAAAAAAAAUGUUUGUCAAUAACAAAAUAGUGUUAAAUUUGAUUUAUUUUGAAUAAAAAAACACAAUUUUUAAAAUUUCACAUCACAGCAUGUCCGUGAUAUAAUUGACCUGUAAAAGUUAGGAUAUUUGGAUAAUAAAGCAAUAUAUUGCUUAUGAAUAAUUUGCUAAUCAUUUAAUAUUUCAAUUAAUAAGCCUGUGUAGUCUACAUAUCAAUGAAAAUGUUUUGAAUUUGCCAAUUAACGCUGUACAGCAUACAUUUAAUAUAUAAGUGGCUGUUAAAUACACAAAGAAUACAUCUCUAGUUUUUUUUGUUUCUGGAUUUUGCCUCAUAAUUGUCAUUUUAUUAUUACAGUAAGGUAUUUUUUAGAAUAAAAGGUAUUCGAGUUCUUAAAGAGUAAUUCUUAUGUGAAAACAUAAAUGGUGAGAGGUGAGUCAAUAUGAUCAGAAUUGUUUCAGGAAAUUUAAACCUUUAAAUAUAUAUAAAAGACAAACAAUCUGAAUUAUAUAUACAUUAAUCUUUUGUUCUAUAGAUGAAGCAGCUAAUACUUAAUAUUUAGUCCUUUCAACAGACCUCCUGAUAGGUUCCUUGUUUUCAUUCUCUGUGAGAGUGGUAGAAUCUAACAGUCUGCAGAUAUUUACAAGAAAGUUUCAUUUUUAGAAGAAUGCCAAUAUUUAUCAUCUUUUUUCCUCCAUCUUUUUUUUUUCUUCUUCUGUACGCCUGAGCUGGCUGGUUUGGCUGAGAGGUACAAUAAAUAGAGAUUACUUCAUUCUCAGAUACUGCUUAUUUUUGUUAGACGCUGGUGACGCACAAUGUGUAAGUGAAAGCUAGAGUGUUGAUUAAUGAAAACAAAAAGAUAAUUGAUAACUUUUUUAUUUUCUUUCAUUACACCGAUACCUUUUAUAUGUUAUUACUAAGUAAAGACUUGCUAUACAUUUGACAUACAUUUACUAAAACAUACUGCAGUUAUUUAUGCAGGUGUUCCUCAUGAUUACAGAGACCUCUUUUAUUUCUAUAGGAAUUAAAGUAGCACUAAAUAUGACACUUUACUAUGUCUUGCAUAUAAUAAAACUUGAACAUGAUGAAAUGAGCGUCUGUUUAAAAAAAAAAAAAAUUGAGGAGAGCCCAGCAUACCUAUUGCACUGUGAUUGUUACAGUCAUGAAAAUUAAUUCUUGUGACCUUUGCAAAAUAUAAAAAUUUUAACUGAACGUGUACCUACUUCCCUGUAGGUCAAUGUAGAUUGCAUUAAAUAGAUUAUUAAUAAACUAAUAGUUUUACAGUUCAGCCAAAACCCUUAAGUUUCAAAUGGGAGUUGAUUUUAAACCUUUAUACUAAAAAAAAAGUAUGAUCUAUUUUUAUUUUAUUAAUUCCAAACAUUUACUAUUAAAGGGAAAAAGAUAUGCAACAUUGAUACAUUGCAUUUUAAAUGUAUUUUUCUGAGUUCAGUAAGACACCCAUGACAAGUUGCAGGGUGUAGGCUUGGGUACUUGCAGUAGUGUAUUGGGUACAACAAUUUGGGGAAACAAGUUACUUUUAGUUUUAUUUUCUGUUAUGACAAACUCAGAAGUAUGGAAAUAUUUUAUUGUUAAUCAUAAACAAGCGUGCACUACUUUCUCAUUGACCCAAAUCGCCUUUUUUUUUUUUCAGUAAAUUGCUGUAAACAUGACAAAAAAUGUUUAUUUUUUGCUUUUGAAAACCAGUAUAAAUAAUGCAUCUUAUAAGUAUUGUAAUACUGGGCACUGUUGUCCCAAGUGUGUGUUUUCUGUUGAGGUUGGGUAAUUUUCUUUGACUUGGCUUUAUUAAUGAAUUUUAAGUGCCAGCCAUGUCACUGUCCUGAAAGUACGUCUGACCAGGUGUAGUUUAUACCAAAUGUGACAAUGUAUAGUAAGAUUUAGUUGAAAUCUGUAAAAUGUUAAAAAAAAAAAUCCUACUUUAAAGCUGGCAAAUACAAAAUAUGCUGCAAUGUGAAAUGAAUUUAGACUGAAAUUCUGCGCACAAUACCUGUUCUGUUUUCAAAGUGUGGGUGAGGCUGAUAUGUUAAUGAAUGUGCCAAUACUGUAUGUAAACAUUAUGACACAUGCCUGGUUGUCAGAAUUGUGCUGUGUAUGUUAUGUACAAAUAGGUCAUCUUUGACAAUAAAAAAAUAUAAAUAUGCUGAA